ACACGAUUGAGGAACGCUCCUGUUGCAAAUUGACACUUGAGCCACACCUGCCUCCAUUGGCCUCGGAAAGCAAGAAGGAGACUGCCAAGCGCUGACGACUUUUGCAGACUUGACUUUCACUCUGUAAAAUAAUAGUGCAAAUAAAAUGGGUUCCUCUUCCUCUAAAACGGUAUCAAAGGAAACUCCCGAGCAACGACAAGAAAGAUUCAUUCGGCAACAAGGCGUCCUGAUACCCCCCGUGUUUGCCGUUGUCAAUAACCAAGACAAGAGUGGCAGCAAGGCAGCAUCACUACUGCAGCAUCGGUUAUCUCCUAUUUCGGCCUACGACCGUCUACCCAUCUCGCCGUCGUUGGUAGAAUACCUCUGUGUCAGCCAUGUGGGUCAUGGUCUCUUGCACGAUUUCAUGACUCCGGGAAUGUGGGUGUUGGCGGGGAAUUCUUCUGCCAAUAAUAAUGGCAGUAGCACUACCGUACGAGCAUCCUUACCACUCCAAGCCACGAGUUCAGGUGGUCGAAUUUCCUUUGGUUCCACCGCAGGGUCUUCGCAAGUGGAGUUGUGCGCGGGAACCGAAGGACCCAUGCAUUUAUUUGCCACCCAUCAAGUGACCCCACAGUCCUUUCUCGUUGGAAAUGUCAAUACCCAUGGUGCGGGAUAUGUCGGUGGUCAACUGGGAUUUUCAUUUGCCAAAAGCAGCAGUUCGAAUGCUGCUGCGAAAGUAUCCAUUGACGAUCAAGAGUACGAUGAUUGGAACCAUCUAGACAACAGCAACAGUUUGGAUGACAGGAUUCAGGUCCAGCUGGGAUCCUGGGUUCCACUGCGGUGGAAAUCCCAAAAAUCUACACCAUAUCCUACUCGACAAAGAAAUAAUCAUAAUACAAACUGGCCCAAGGUGGUGCAUGGAUGCUUAUCUAUCGACAUGCUGGGAAGUACCACGGCUUUGGAAACCAAAUUCAACACCCAAACACUGGAAACACAAGUCUCCAAGUACUUUUCCAUGCAGCUGGACGGCGGCAGCAACAACCACAACAACAAUACUACCCCACCACUCUGGUUGACCAUGACAUCGACUCCCCAAACCGCCACCAUUCACGUCAGCCAACUCUUGACAUUGGAUCGAUUGAACUUUAACGUUUUGGACACCCGCGCACCCAGAGUCCGCAAUACAGUGGGAUGGACGGUCCAAUUGGAAACGAAACCCAACGACGCAUCGUCGAGCUUGUCCGUUGCAGGCGUCUGGCAAUGCAAUCGUGCCGUGGCGGUCAAAGUGGUGGGAACCAGUCAAUCGUCGUCGUCGUCUGCACAACAACAACAACCCAACAAUUAUUCCAUGACAUACGGCUUGUUGAUGAAACGAUGGAAGCAACCACGCAUGACGUGUUCCUUGUUGGGGCGAUUUGAUUUUCAAACCAAGAAAUCUACUUUUCUGGGAAUUGGAUUGGAAGUGGAAACCGAUGCCCUUGGGGGAGAUGAUUCCCUCUAUGCACCGGGAGGAGAAAGUGCUCAAGUGCCGGACGAUACUCCAGAAACCAAGGCAUCGUUGGGGUGAAGUUUAAGUUACAGUAGUUUUCAUCAGGAAUGAAUCAAGAGCAUUGGCGCCGUGAUGUUGUUGGCUCGGCCAAAGCCCAGAGGCUCGGGAGCUUGAGAAUACGUUGCCCUCAGACAUGUUUCAGGCAGAGUAAAUGGGCACACAGAUUCUCGCCCGCUGUCUUGCCCUCUG